AUGUCCUUCCCACUACAAGGCCUCCGCGUCGUAGAGUUCAGCGGCAUCGGCCCCGGUCCCUUCGCAUCCAUGGUCCUCGCCGACUUUGGGGCCGACGUCGUGCGCAUCGACCGCGGGGGCAGCCUCCGCUCAGACGUGACCUCGCGCGGCAAGACGUCGCUCAUUGUCGACCUAAAGGACCCCAACGGCAAGGCCGUCCUCCACAAGAUGCUCGCGAAAGCCGACGUCCUCAUCGACCCGUACCGCCCCGGCGUGCUCGACAAGCUCGGCUUCGGCCCCGCGCAGCUCGAGAAGCUCAACCCCCGCCUCAUCGUCGCGCGCAUGACGGGCUUCCCACGCAACAACUCGACCUACUCGCAGAUGGCAGGCCACGACAUCAACUACAUUGCCGCCUCGGGCGUGCUCGACAUGAUCAGGUCGAAAGACGCGCACGGCGAGCCCUCGACGCCGGUGCCCCCGCUCAAUCUCCUCGGCGACUUUGCCGGCGGCGGCAUCAUGCUCGUACUGGGCAUCCUGUUCGCUGUCAUCGAGCGCCAGGCGUCGGGCAAGGGGCAGGUCGUCGACACCGACAUGGUCUCUGGAGCGCGCUACAUCUCGUCGUUCCCCCUGCUGCUCGCGCACCCCCAGAGCGGCGCGUUCAUGUGGAGCAACCCACCCGGCAACAACCUGCUCGAUGGCGGCGCGCCGUUCUACGGCGUCUACAAGACAAAGGACGACAAGUACAUGUCUGUCGGGUGUCUCGAGCCCGAGUUCUUUGCCGAGUUUGCGCGAAUCAUCAACCCGUUCCUCCGGUCCCCGCUCAGCGUCGAGACGCAGCAGGACCCGAGCUCGUGGGCCGAGAUGCGCGGCACGCUCGCGGAUGCGUUCGCGACCAAGACGCGCGACGAGUGGGCCAAGCUCUUCCACGAGACCGACGCGUGCUGCGUGCCGGUCCUCACGGCGGCCGAUGUGUCGGGCAACGAGCUCGGACAGCCGGGGGCGCAGGCCAGCGCUGAUGUCCCGCUGCCGCCAGCGCCACACCCGAACCUGUCACGAACGCCAGCCCGCAGCAUCCCCACAUACUCCGAACAAACCGACUUCUUUAUCGAGAAGGGCUCCGGCCUCGACAAGGUGCUUGGCCAGCUCGGUGGCCAGCUGUCCGCGGAGGAGACGGCGUAUCUGAAGAAAGCGAACGGAGCGAAGGCAAAGUUGUAG